CGCUGCUGCAGGAAGUGUGCGCGGCUCCUUCGUGCAGGUGGGCAAUAUGAAGCUCAAGAAUUUUCCUCUGGCUGCCUCUUCUAUCAGCUGAUACUUUUGACAAAACACUUGGCUUCUCCACUCCCCCUCUUGGCAGCUCCAGGGCUGGAGUCUGCAGAGCUGCCUCAGACCGUGCCGUGCUCUGCCUUGCAGCGACUGCAUCCUCGCCUUCUGCUUGGGCUUUGUCCCCCAACGGGGCUCGGAAGGCUCCCCAAUGGCAGACUCGCUGCUAAACCACUCCUGGCCGUCGUUCUCAAAGCGCUGGAUGAAGAGAUGGUCGUUUAAGCGAGGGUCAGACUGCAAGCCAUGCUCGCGGGAGUUCACUGCCAGCGGCAUCCCCACGUCAGACUGCAGCAGCCCAGACACCAUCUCCCCAUCCCUGAUUGCUGAAGAUGAAGUCUUCUUCACCAGCAUGGCAGAGGAAAAGGAAGACUCGUCGUCUCCGGAGCCGGAUGCCCUGAUGGGUGAUGUGCACAGCAGCACUGAGGAUCUCCUCUCCAUAGACUUCGCUCUCCACGGCACAGAGUAUUACAGAGACCUGGGGCUGCCGAACCUGCCAGAGGCCGGCGUGACUCCAGCAAUGGCCAUGCUGCCAGAACACACAGGCCAGGUGGCGCCCAGCUGUCCUGUACCGGAAGAGAAGCCUAGAGGCUUGGGGCGAACGCUUGUGGGCAUUGCCUGCCCCGAUCCCAUCUCCGGCUCAGUGCAGUCCAGGGAGGCCAGCUGCCAUUUCCUGAACAGUGACUCUGCUUGCUCCUGUGGGGCAGGGCCCCAGGACAGCCCCCCUGUGGGGGGGUGCCUGGCAGAGCAGGGUAAAGGACUGGAGUUGCAGGAGGAUGAGCAGUCCUUCCCCGCGCUAAUGAGAUCCAUGUCCACCUCACGGAGGCACAGCUGGGAAAGCCCCGUGUCCCCUACAGAGAGCGGGCGCAGGCUAAGCCUGGAUGCCUCAGAGAUCGCCAGUGACCUGGAGCAAGAAGAGCUCGAAAGGAGCCUGCCCUGCCUGGCUUCCUGUGUGUCCCUGGAGCUGCCCACGGCUGGGGAGGAGGCCUGGGGAGGCAGUGGCAGCACUCUGAUAAAAGUGGAGAUAGAACCCCUGCAUCUGAACUUCGCCAUCGUGCCCGAUCACGAGGACACAGAAUAUGGCAGCAAUGGGAAGAGACUGAGGUCAAAGUCUGUUCCUUCCGCCUGUGACAAGGUUUCCUCUCCUCGAAUCUCUCACAACCUGGAGGUGUUGCUUCCAGUUGCCAAAGGUCUUGAACCGCCUGCGCUGGAGACGAUUGAAAAGGACCAUGUGGCCCCAGACCAUGUGCUGAUCGUCCAGCAGGUGCUGCAGGAGCUGAAACAGUUUCAUGGGGCGAAGCAAAGGGCCUGCACAGCCGAGGGCAGCAACGAAUCCCAGCAGAACCUCACCUGGUUUGAGUUCCUGACUAAUGAGGCUGAGGACAAUGGGAAGAGUGACAAGAUUGAGAGAGGCACCAAGGUGAAGCGCCGGCUGAGUUCCCUGCGGAACCGCGUCACCGGGUCCUGGCAGAAGGAUAAGGGUAAGAACAAAGACCAACAAAAAGAGAGAGAAAAGAGCCAAAAGUGGAAAAGGGUCAAUGGGCACCAGCUGGCGCCAGGGACUUUCUCCAGCUUCACCAGCUGUUCACUGUGCGCCAAACCUCUGGUGAAUAAAAAUGGUCUGCAGUGCCUGAACUGUGCAGUGAAUGUUCACAAGAACUGCAAGACCUUACUGGCUGAAUGCAGCAGUACCAGACCCAAGCAGAAGGAUUUGCAACACAGACCUCCUGGAUCCCCACAAAGUUCACCCCAGUGCUUUUACCCAGCAGCCUCUCUGAAGGAGCAGCCCCGAAGUGCCCUUCUGGGAUCGGAUGGCACCCCAGUUCUGUCUCGGCAUCUCGGCAUGACUAUCACCCAAAGAGGAAAUUCGUCGUCUGCAUUGAAUACUGCUGUUUCUGUUAAUAAAUUUGGACCAAUCACAGGAGAAAUGGAUGAAGGGGAUUCGGGAUUUAUAAAAUUUAAGCAGACAUCAGAUGAUGUUGUCUCACUUGCACCUUCAACAGCAGAAUCCAUUUUUCUGGAAGAUGUAUACUUUCCCUCUCUGAGAAGUGAGAUAGAAACAGAUGCUCAUGAGUUUGAGGCAGAAUCUUGGAGUCUCACAGUGGAACAGUCUUAUGCAAAGGAGCAAAAGAGAGCAGUUAUGAAAAGGCAAGAUGUCAUUUAUGAGCUCAUGCAGACUGAAAUGCAUCAUGUCCGAACACUGAAAAUCAUGCUGAAGGUGUACUCCAAAGCACUGAGAGAGGAGCUGCAGUUCACGAACACUGUCAUCAACAAAAUCUUUCCUUGUGUGGAUGAAUUGUUGGAGUUGCAUGGGCAAUUCCUGUUUCAAUUAAAGGAGCGACGGAAGGCGUCCUUGGAGGAAGGCAGUGACCGGAAUUACAUUAUCCAGAACAUUGGCGACCUCUUGGUACAACAGUUUUCAGGCGAAAGUGGAGAGAGAAUGAAAGAAAAAUACAGUAUGUUCUGUUGUGGUCACAAUGAAGCCGUCAGUCACUAUAAGGACCUGCUGCAGAGCAGCAAGAAGUUCCAAAACUUAAUAAAGAAAAUAGGUAACUCUCCUAUUGUGAGGAGACUUGGUGUCCAGGAAUGCAUCCUCCUAGUCACUCAACGCAUUACGAAGUACCCAGUGCUGGUGGAGCGUAUUAUUCAGAAUACAGAAGCUGGCACUAAGGAUUAUGAAGAUCUGUCCCAGGCACUCAGUUUAAUUAAGGACAUGAUCACUCAUGUAGAUGCCAAGGUAAAUGAGUGUGAGAAGAGGCAGCGUCUUAGAGAGAUUAUGUACAAAAUGGAGCUGAAAUCAUCAGGGAAAUUCAAGAAUGGGCUGCUCUUCCGGAAGAAUGACAUGGGGCAGCGGCAGCUCCUGCUGGAUGGGAUGCUGUUCUGGAAAGCCGCAUCAGGGAGGCUCAAAGAUAUUCUGGCUGUCCUGUUAACUGAUGUACUUUUGCUGUUGCAAGAAAAGGACCAAAAAUAUACUUUUGCAUCUGUGGACUCUAAGCCACCAGUUAUUUCAUUGCAAAAGCUAAUUGUAAGAGAGGUAGCUAACGAGGAGAAAGCAAUGUUCUUAAUUAGUGCCUCAUUAAAAGGACCAGAGAUGUAUGAAAUUCACACCAGCUCCAAAGAAGAGAGAAAUUCUUGGAUGGCGCACAUUCGCAGAGCUGUGGAAAGCUGCCCUGAUGAAGAGGAAGGAACAUUCAGUGAGCCUGAAGAAGAAAGGAGACUGGCUGAAGCACGAGUUGCUAAAAUAAAAGAAUUUCAAGACCGUCUGAGCAUGAAAGAUGAUCUGAUUUUGCAAAAUCUAAAUGAGAAACAACAGAUUUAUCUAGAAAUGUCUGAAAUGAAUGGGUUUGAAGAUCUUUCCCAAGGAGCCCGAUCCAAACUCCUCUUCAGGGGGGAGACCUCAGAGAAUCUGCAAGGAGAGGUGAUCCUGAAAUCUGCAGUGACAGAAAUUGAGAAUCUCCAGAACCUGAUCUUCACACACUUAGCCAACGGGACCGGUCGGUCUGAAGACAGCUGUGGGUUGGGGCUACCCAGGAGAGCGGAGACCUUUGGGGGAUAUGACAGCACCAUCACAGUGCCAAACAAAAAUGGUAGUUUUAAGAAGAAGGUCUGUGGUAAUGACCAGAGGCUGAGGGACCGGAGAGGCCCUGCAAUAAGUUCAGAUGUGCAGCUCCAAGAUCUUCCUCUUGAUGCAGAAGAAGGACCUCCCACAAGUGAUGUAAUGAGACUGGAUUACAACAGCAGUUUUCAGCCCCUCCUGGAAUCUGAGCUUGUCCAACGGAUACAGAGGCUGUCCCAGUUGCUCCUCAGCCUUCAGGCAGUGAUAUCACAGCAGGACAGCUACAUUGAAAUCCAGCGAGCCACCAUCAUCGAUCGGGAGAAGCAGUAUCGGCUGCAGUCCACGCGUGGGAACCUGCUGCUAGAGCAGGAAAAGCAGCGCAACUUUGAGAAGCAGAGAGAAGAACUGGCCAAUGUACAGAAGCUUCAGAACCAGCUGAAGGUGGAACAGCAGCGUUGGGAACGGGAGAGGGACCGGCAGCAGAGGGAGUUUGAAAGUAUAGAGGCACGGUUGCAGGAGCGAGAAGAGGAGACUCGGCAGCUGAAGGAUCGCUUGAACCAGGAGAGGGAGGAGCUGGAGAGACAACGAGAGGCCUAUCAGCAUGACCUGGAGAGGCUACGGGAAGCGCAGAGAGCAGUUGAGAAAGAGAGAGAGCGUGUGGAGCAGCUAAAGAAGCUGAAAAAACAGAAUACGGUGUCGGGCGUGUUCUCCCCAGAAAUGGGACAGAGUCAAAUGCUGAACCAUUCCGUCAGUUUCAAUGGAGAAGGGCUAGAAGGGUCUGUGCCACACUUGAAGCCCUCUGGGAGGGCUAGUGUCUUGGGAAUGGAUUAUGUGGAGCGGCCAGAGCUGGUUCGCAGGGACAGUGCCAUAUUGGAGAAUCGUCCGGUUCUUGCAAUGAAGAACGAAGUGCCAAUCCACCUGCUGAGUGCAACCAACCAGAUACAGAAACCGGCUGCAGUUCAGCAGCAAAUCCCCACCAAGCUUGCCACCUUCACAAAAGGAAGCAAAGAAAAGGGGGGGAAGAGCAAAGCAUCGCACAGGACAGACAGCUCAGCAUCUGUUGACCUGAAACAACUGCUUACACCUAAACUUGUUGGGAAAGAUGAGGGUGCACUGAAGAACAGACGGUCAGCGAGCCCGGUCCUCCCGAACAGCCAGAGCAUUGCGUUCCAGCCAGAGAUUUACAGCCCAGCUGACAGCCAGCCCGAAGCAGUCAAUCCAUCCAAGUCCAACAGUGUUCACGUCCACACCUUGGUGGCCUCUCCGCCAGCCCUGAUAAAUGCUGAAGACGAUACCUGCAAGGAAGAUGUCAUUUUUUUCUAAGCGUUUCCUGUUCAAGGAGGUCCUUGUGCCAUGCCGUUCCAAAGAAUGGAAGCUCAGCAUUGUGGAUGUCCUUCCACCACUGAUCCAGUGGAACAGGAUUUCAGUGUUGCUUGGUUGGCUUCUCUACUGACAGCUCAAAAUGAGUUCACCAUAGUAACACACUUUUCCAAGCGUGAGAAAGUAUUGAUUUUAUAUGGCUUAGGUGUAUAAAUUCAAAGCCUGUUCAAAUGUUGCCAUCUACUGUAAUUUGCUCUCUUUGGUGAAUUCGCAGUAGCUCUUGGUAGAUCUUUUACCUUGUAAAGCAAGUCAGUUUUAGUUAAUGUUGGGCCGCUCAGAUUUUUUUAUGUAGAAGUUUUAACAAUAGGCCCUCAAAUGGCUGAGAAGUUUAAUUCUGUCUUUACAGAGCAGUGAUCAGUGUAAUGGAUUAUUCAUUUUGUUUUAAUAACUAGCCAGACCGCAAGCCAGUCUUCUCACAACCAGCGUGACAGAGGAGAGCUAGCCACUCACAUGAAAGGAAUAGCAUCUUGUACCUUCUAAUGAGUUCAGCGGAACAUGUGCUCACUGCACAUGCACAAUGUAAGAGGGACUGUAAACCUCUUUAACAUUCAGAAAAUCCAAGGGCCAAAAAACUCCCCCUAGUUGUGGCAGCAAAGGGUUGGACAUGUAUAAACUCUCUAACGUGGUAAUGAAUAAUUGUGCUAGGAGAGCACAUUCCCUGGCCAUCGCUUGCACUAGGUCUGAUGUCCCUCUUCGGGAAAGGCUCCUUAAAGACACAUCAAGUAGAGAACCAUCUCCAUGUCUGUGAGUGUGUUGGUUCAAAAUUAACUUUGAGUCUGGGGUUUUCUUCCUGCUGAAGAUGCUGACCAUAAAGAGCUGGUUCAGCAUGCAGUUGGUUACUGUCCUGUCUAACCUCUUGUCUCCUGGAUCUUUGUCUGUCUGCCACCUCAGUGGCCAUCACGCUAAGGACUGGAACGUAACAAAGCUGCUGUUACUGCCGAGAGUGCUCUGCCGCACUGGGUCAGGAAUGAAGGGAAUAAGGAAUAUUUAGAAUAAUUUACCAUUAACUAAAUCAUCUUACAGCUGCUUUGACAUCUCCUCUUAUUGGAUGGGUCGGGUUUAGCGAAUCUUGGAAUGGUGACAAAGUUAAUACCGUUCUGCUCAAAUGGCAAUGUGCAUUUCGGGAAAUCAUUCAGCGUAUUACAGGACUCCAGUGUGUCUCAGUUCUUGAAUAUGCACUACAGCUAAUGAACAUGUAACCUGCACAUGGAAGUGUCUGGUCCAAUAUACUGCGUACAAUGAUAUGCACCCAAAGGGAUUGUUCAGAGGGGACGAUGCCAUAGGAAAGGAAACGUCUUUCUCGACCUUUGGAAGCUUGGGAAAUGCUUCCCAAAGUCCGAUGGCUGGAGACUGGGUGCACAGAAUCCGGGCUAACAUCAUUUCAGCACAAGUUAGGACAAUUUCCCAACCAGAAGCAUUGGGAUAUGCUGCUUUAUUCCAGCCUGAGCGGAACGCGAGCUGUCCCUCUGAACGGGCAGAGCACGUGUGACCUGCAAAUAAAAUACUCUAUGGCACUAACGUCAAUUCAGCCCAAGUAUUGUCAACUGUUCAAUGAUGGAAGCCCAGGAGGUCUUACAAAGUGUCAAAAGUAUUUGCUGCAGAAUACCGUCUUGGUUUCAAAGUGGCUAAAUGGUAUAAGUAGGAUUAUUGCCCCAAACAAGCUCAGCUGCAGUUGGGAAACUCAAAUAUACUGGAAGUCUGUGAUCAGUGAGGGAGAAAACACAAAUUUGGAAGCCAAGUGGCACUGUGCCUGCUGUGCUGAGCAAGUGCCAUCUCCUGUGGUGCUGCCUUCGACAUUGCUGGCUUAAUUCUCCUCUCUGGUGCAAAUCAGGAGCAAUGCCAUUAAAGUCAGUGGAGUUACACUGGUGUAAGUGAGAAGAGAAUCAGGCCCCAAGUCGUUUGGUUUGUCUCCAGAGAAGUGUCCUCUAGACGCUCCUAUUGAAUUUUUUUUGUUUUGAGACAAGUUGUUUCUAAAUCAGGCCCCUUUGGCUGUGGUGUUGAAGUGCUGCUUGCUGAUCUGCAGCCUUGCAGAGCUUGUGCAGUUUGUUAUGGAGCCGAGGGGCAGAGAGCUGGUCGGUCACAUCGAGAGACUGCCUGGUGCUGGCAUCACGAUACUGCGGCGUUGUGACCCAGUGUGUUGCCCAGUAAGGGUUGAUUUCUGUAUUUGAUCUGCUGAUGCUGCAAUUCCAGCCCCGUGUAAAAGAGAGAGACACAUUUCCUUAUGUGAACGUACAUCAAAGCAGCAGGCGUGCAGGACUGCAAGCUGAAACUCUCUUCGGCCAUUCCCUUAGAACCCCUGGUGUCAGGAGCUACGCUUACGUCCGUGGUCCCAGUCCAGGGGGUGGGGUGGGGGUGUUAAACCCAUUUUCCGAAACAAUUACGUCAUUUGAUUUGUGUCAUUCUAACAUUGUGGGAGAUAAAUAGUGUAUGGGUCUACAAAGCUUGUUUAGCUGCUGCUAUCCUCACCCCUCCCUGCAAUAAAUGCUCUGAGGUAGAAGAGUGACACCUGAAACUGCUAGGUCUGUAACGAGAUCUCAUCAUAAUAUAACCCGAGUUUCAAACAUCUGCUUUAUCAGUGUUGUUCCCAGGAAGUGAUUGCAGCUACCAGUGAGCAGACGUGGUGCCUCUUGGGCGGCAUCCCUAGGGCUCCUUCCCUGAUGGGGCCUUCAAUCCACAACUAAGGAGCUACCUUAAGAGUUAGCAUCUGCCUCAGUGCACACGUCUCACUGCUGCUAGCAUUUGUGCAGGGUGCAUGCAUCUGGUGUGGUGACUGGACCCCUUUGACUCUUGGUCUCUUGAGUCAAACUCCGGUUUGUUUGUUUCUUUAAGUGCCAAGCUAGGCAUUGAUGUAAUUUUUCUGUAGGGUGACCGGCCUGAAGAGGCGUGACGGUGAAUUAGCGAAUGAGGUGCUAUCUUAAUGAUAGUGUGUGCACAAUCUGUAACUGUCCAAUGCUCCAGACCAAAAUAUGACAUUCACUUUCCAAAAUGCAAAAUAAAUCAUUUGUGUGGAGCUGAGGGGAAAAGGCAAUUAAAAAAAAUCACCUGUUCAUUUUUGCUAAGUCAGAGGCCUUGAAAUUUCAUUAAAUUCCUCCAAUUUCACUAGACAAAUGUUGUUGUUAAAAAAUAGCUCAUUUGGGGUAUUUCGCCCAGCACUAGUUUUUAAACAAUUUUUUUUCCUGAAGCAGACUAGAUUCUAAAGAUGCUGUUCAAGUCUGGGGUAAUUGACGUAUUCCUAAUGAUCUUUAGUGAAGAACUUACUUAUUUUAAGUGGGGGGAGGGGGGAAGCUCACUACCCAAUGUUUGCUUUUAAAUACUGUUGAUACAAAUCAGAAGCUCCAUGCCGCCCUUCCUGCCUGAACUCACCCUUUGGUCCUUUACUGCCCUGAGGUAUAGUGGGACCUUUGAACUACUUGGGUGUUCUUCGCUUUGUGUCCCAGCCUUACCAUUACGGAUCAUGUGUGUGUUUCAUAUUGUGGCUUUGAAAUGUUAAGGUUGCUUGUAGUCUUUGAUCUUCAGUUUUAAAAUCCAGUCCGAAGGCUGCUUCCUUUUUCCUGUCAGUUCAAACUGCUGUCACUUCAUGUUUCAUGCCUUUAGAUUCCAGUAUCUUCAUCAAGUUUGCGCUCACUCUGACACUCUAUCUUAAGGGCUUUGUUAGCAACUGACUUUCCUAGCUGUGAAUUGUAGGUGCAGCAGGUCCAGCAAGUUGACUUUUGAAAUCAGUGUCCUGUGUGGGGGGAAGAGUUGCUGAUUUCUGGAGAUGCCUGUUCACUGCAUACCAGUUACCAGUGUGCCUGGACAAGCAGGGGUAACUCCGAGAAAUGGUGGCAAUUCCGCCUUUCUAAAUUGUCCUCCAUUUUUAGUCCUGUAGCCAGAUGCAGGUGACUGUUUGAGUCCAUUCAGGGCACUUGUUAAAGCAAAUGGCAAAACACCUAGAAUCAAAGUCGCAUAUUAGACUGGAAUAUGGUUUAAAAAUAAUUUAAAAAAAAAUCCUUAUACCUGAUCCUGCAGAAUCUAAUUAACCUGAGACUCUGCUAAUGCUAGUGAGUGACGUACCAGUUCGUUGCAUAGAUUCCUCUCCACAAGAGAAUGCAGGAGUAUUUUGUCGUCUUCCCAGUUCUCAGCAUUUUUUAAAUCUCCCUUUGCAGUAGAUUUUACCUCCGCCAUGGCUGCAACUCUGCUCAUUGAGAAACCAGGAGAACAGCCUGUCCCCCGCUUCAAGGCCAGUCCAGUACCUUUGAAAUCGUUAGCUGCCCUUUAUCCAUGGUGUGUGCAUGUUACUUGUCGAAUUCCAUUUGUGCCAUGUUUCCAAUCAGUGUUUUAUAUUUUUGUACUGAAAAAAAUUGGAGCACUUUAGGAAGGUUUAUUUUAAAUUCCUCUUCUGUUUGUCCCAAAGUAAAUGCUCAUGAAAGUAAAUCCUGUUGUAUCUCGCUCAGUGAGUUGUGAACUGUCUUAAUGCUGUUUAGUCUUAGGUCUGGUUUAAAGGUACCCUGCGCUGCAAUGAUUCAUGAAUAAUCAUGAUUUAUGGUUACAUGGGAUUUAAAUUGACGAUUUUGUUGGGGGAAUGUCUCGGUUGUUUUCCUUUUAGGAUGUAAACAUUGUAAAUAGUUCCUCUGUCAAUAAUUCAGUAAUUCAACUUCUUUGUAGUCCUUAAUUUUAUUUGUAAAGUCAAUGGUUAAAUGUUAAUAUUCUCUUGAAUUGUGCACGUCUUGGUUAAUUGUAACUGUGAUCUGAGCACACCAAACCAUUGAUUUUUUUCAAUGAUGGCAAUGUUUCUCCACUGAAGGGUUUCAGAGUGGCAAUAGAUCUGAAACCAACUUCCAGCAAUAAAAAUACCCUCAAAAACUA